AUGUCCGCUGCAUCUCCCAUGUCCUCCAGUGGCGACCAGGUGCAAGGUUCCAGCCAGAUCCAUUUCCGCUUUUGCCGCGAAUGUUCCAACUUACUCUACCCAAAAGAAGACCGCAACACUAACACCCUCAUGUUCACCUGCCGAACGUGUCACGUUGGCGAGCCCGCCUCCUCCCCCUGCGUAUACCAGAACAAACUCAACAACCAAGUAGGCGACACGGCCGGUGUGACUCAAGAUGUGGGAUCUGAUCCUACGCUGCCCCGGUCAAACAAGCUUUGCCCUAGCUGCGGCGAAAACGAAGCAGUGUUCUUCCAGUCCCAACAGCGGUCGGCGGAAACGGGAAUGAAACUCUACUAUGUGUGCUGCACUUGCGGUAAUGUGUUUACUUGA